UGGAUCGUCGUCUACUGUUUGCAAUCCAACUUCACCUCCAGUAACAAUAAAGGCAGCACUGGUGACGUUGAGUGUGUGUGCGAGGGAUUUUCAUGCAGUGAUGUCCAGCGCUGUUUUGGGCUGCAGUGUUUCUCCUCACUGUCGUUCAAGAAUGGAACAGCCUUACAGCAGAAAGGGUGCAUUGUGGGUAGUGAAGAAAGGGCAGUACCCUGCAAACACUCCCAGUCAGUGGACACGCUGGUGUAUUGUUGCCAGGAAACAUUGUGUAAUGCGAAUGUUACCGUGGAGAUGCCAAAUACAGAUGUGGAGUUAAUGGCAGCCCCUACAGAGCACGAGUGUGUGUGUGAGGGCCGGUCGUGUGUAACGGGCGACCGCUGUAUGGGUCAGCAGUGUUUCUCCUCUUUGACUCUGAGUGAUGGAACGCCAGUGUCUCAAAAGGGCUGUUUUAAGGUGUAUGAGCAGGGCAGGAUGACCUGCAAAACUCCUCCAUCACCUGACCAGAUUGUAGAGUGCUGUCAGGCUCAUCUGUGCAACAUGAACCUCACUGUGAGACUUCCUGUACGAGGGGUGGAGGGACCCAACUAUAGCUUGACAAUGCUGACCAUUGUGAUUGUGGCUCCAGUCAUCGUUCUGAUAUUCCUAUCUGCUGUGGCGAUCCUGAUCUUCCAUUGUAUCCACCUUCACCAGAUAGAGCAUCUGACUACUCAUGAUGCCGAGUAUGGCACCAUUGAUGGUCUGAUUGCGUCUAAUGUGGGAGAAAGCACCCUCGCGGAUUUGUUGGAUCAUUCCUGUACAUCUGGUAGUGGCUCUGGACUGCCUUUCCUGGUCCAGAGGACAGUAGCCCGACAGAUCACUCUCAGCGAGUGUGUCGGUAAAGGUCGAUAUGGAGAGGUCUGGAGAGGUCAGUGGCAGGGAGAAAGUGUGGCUGUGAAAAUAUUCUCAUCUCGAGAUGAGAAAUCCUGGUUCAGAGAGACAGAAAUCUACAACACUGUCCUACUGCGACACGAGAAUAUUCUGGGCUUCAUUGCAUCAGAUAUGACAUCACGUAACUCCAGCACUCAGUUGUGGUUAAUCACACAUUUUCAUGAAAUGGGAUCUCUCUACGAUUACCUGCAACUCAGCAUGCUGGAUGCUUCUGCUUGUUUACGAAUGGCACUGUCCAUCGCCAGCGGGCUGGCUCAUCUGCACGUGGAGAUCUUUGGCACUCAGGGCAAACCAGCCAUCGCUCACAGAGACCUAAAAAGCAAAAAUAUUUUAGUGAACAAAAAUGGACAGUGCUGCAUCGCAGACCUUGGUCUUGCUGUGAUGCAUUUUCAGGACACAAAUGAGCUGGAUGUUGGGAAUAAUCCUAAAGUUGGGACAAAACGCUACAUGGCACCUGAGGUUCUGGAUGACUCCAUUCAAACAGAUUGCUUUGAGUCUUACAAACGAGUUGAUAUCUGGGCCUUUGGACUCGUGCUGUGGGAAAUUGCUAGAAGAACAGUUAGUAUUGGUAUUGUUGAAGAUUACAAGCCCCCAUUCCAUGACGUAGUGCCGAGUGACCCAAGCUUUGAGGACAUGAAGAAGGUGAUAUGCACAGACCAACAGAGACCAAACAUCCCAAACAGAUGGUUUUCAGAUCCAACUUUAACAUCAAUCGUUAAACUCAUGAAGGAAUGUUGGUACCAGAAUCCAUCAGCCAGACUUACAGCAUUACGCAUCAAAAAGACUCUGACAAAAAUUGGUAAUUCUCUGGAAAAAGUAAAAAUGGACUUAUGAACUGCUUCCUUAUGGAAGAACCUAAAGGCCUUUAACCAUGCCCAGCAGAUGUCUCAUCUGGAGAACAAACCGGAAAAAGAGAUUAUCCUGACUUAGUGCUCUUAUAGAGGCACAUCAUAUUUAUUUGGAGUUUACAGCGGGGGAUAAUUCAUUACAAUUAUUAAACAGAUGAGAAUGUGGCCUCAAAUUCAAACUUAAACUACCAUAAAAUCUUUAUUUAUAGAGAGACAGUUGCUGUAAAUAAAGCAGUUGAAGUGAGAGGAUGUUUUUUUUUGUGUGUGUUUGAGUUUGUUAUAUUUAAAUUUCUUAGUAAUUUGAGCCCCUGAGGAACUCUCUGCAAACCCAUGUAUAUCCAUACUCCUUAGCUUUUCUUAUUAUUUUCAUAACAAUUAAACAAAUUUUUUCCUAAAAAAAAAAUUUAUUCAUUUUAAUUUAAAAAAAACUGGGGGGAAAACGACCUGUUCGAUUCAUCCAAAUGAUCCACGAGUAUUUGUUGAAAUAAUAAACAUCACAUAAUGGUCUUUUAUUGCUUAAAAGCCUUCAAAAUAAACAAACAAAUAAAUAAGUAAACAUUCUGUACUUCCUUUACUGAGGUUAUUAGAGUUUCCCAAUCAAGCUGUUUAGGUUUGCUGGUGCACCCGCCAACCUUCCAUCUCUGUCUUUCUCUUUCUGUAAUCCUCUUACAUUGAGCCACAGGAGGAGGAGCAAUUAAGUCUCUCUCUACGUGUUCAGUUGCUCUGGGAUUUAUUCAGAGUGGAGAAAUGCUAGCAGUCACUGUGGAAAUGCAGCAGAUUAGAGUCAUGGUCAUUUUGUCCGUAAAGGUGGAUGUAAUGUGCGGAGAGUGACAGAUGUCAUGUCUUAUCUCAGGUGCUCAGAAGUGGCGCUUUUACUCUUCAUUUUUGUGGAACUCACUACAGGUACAGUUUCUUCCCUGUCAGCUCUUUCUCUACUCUUUUGAACUUGUUUUGAGACAAAAUAAAAGUAAAAAGAAGUAAGAAGUAAAUUUUUGACUGCAACAUAUGCAAGUAAAGUUGAGUUCGUCGUCACAACAAGAUUUGUGUGUAAUCUUCUUACUGUAUUUAGAUGACCUUACAUUCUGUUAUGAUUAUGCUUAACUUACUGUUUUAGACGGACUCUGAGCAUUAUGUAAUGAACUGGUUAAAGUCAAAAGAUCAAAACAUUAGUGUCUGGUGUUCACAUGUGUGUUUGGUUCACAGAAAAGGAAAGACAGGUGUUUACUCAUUAAAUACAUCUUUAAAGGCUAAUUCACACUGCACAGGUAGAUGCCUAUUGCCUACCAGUGGUGUUUGUUUUUGCCAACUGAACAUGUUCAAUCUUCAUUUGUCUGGUCGUGGAAUGUCUGAGAAGUGAUGUUUCUGCAUUGGUUAGAGUUUGUCAGCAGUGUGUUAUCUUUAAAAAGGCAAAAUCUUUAAACCUUAAAAAGAUUUACUUAACACAGUCAUGAGCAAAUGGCAAAAUACAGUAUUAUAUUUUUUAUUUCAAUGCAGUUGGAAUGAAAAGCAGCUGAAAUAAAUGAAGAGUUGUUUGAACUUUG